AUGCCUUCAGCAGCACCUCCACAAGCCGAAGUGGCCGGACCGCCACGAACAGAACUCGAAGAAUUGCAAAUUAAAGCAAAUCAAGUUACAGAUGAGUCCUUGGAGAGUACUCGACGAAUGUUGGCUCUUUGCGAAGAGGGCAAAGAGGCUGGCAUCCGCACACUGGUUGCCCUCGACGAUCAAGGAGAGCAAUUGGAACGAAUCGAAGAAAAUAUGGAUAAGAUUCGAGCUGAUAUGAUGGAUGCUGAAAAAGCCCUCAGCGGCAUGGAAAAAUGUUGUGGAAUUUGUGUUUUGCCAUGGAAAAAAAAUAAUGCAUUCAAAGAGGACGAAGGUGCAUGGAAAGGUGAAGGCGAUGGCAAAGUUGUGAAUAAUCAACCGCAACGUGUCAUGAUGGAUGGACAAGGGGUGAUGGCAUCUGGUUACAUUGGAAAAAUCACAAACGAUGCACGCGAAGACGAAAUGGAAGAAAAUAUGGGUCAAGUCAAUACAAUGAUCGGAAAUCUACGGAACAUGGCAAUCGAUAUGGGAUCCGAGCUUGAAAAUCAGAAUCGUAUGGUUGACAGAAUUAACGCAAAGGGUGAAUCGAACGAAACAAGAAUAGCGGUGGCAAACGAACGAGCUCAUCAACUUCUCAAAUAAAUUGUCUUCAUCAUAUAUAUGCACACCAUAUGCUAAAACAACUCAAAAACCAAACCAAAUGGACAACCCAACCAUACAGAAGAUGCCAAUUUGAUUACGAAGGAGAUUAAGAAAUGAAAUGACAGUAUCUAUACAAAUUAUGUAUUAAGAUUGAUAGCAAUCAUAAAAGAUGAUGAUAAAAAUACGAUAAUAGGCGGAAUUCGUACUGAUGUACAGAACAAAAUUCAAUUUAAUUUGUUUAAAAAAGAAAAUGAAACGUCUGUAAAGGACGCCAAAAAGUGCAUUUAUUCUUAAUUUUCGCUCUUCGAAAAAAGCCAUUUGUUGCAUAUUUUUGUUUUCUCUCAUUUUCAUUUCGUUUUAUUAGAGAGAUUUGGUUAUGAUAAUAGAUAUACUAUAUAUAUAAUAUGGAAACAGAGAGAAGAUUUUGAAAUAGUUUUGUUUUGCUCCCUACAUUGAAUUAUGUAAAAAUAUAUUUAAGUUUUCGACUUCAAUUACAUUAAAAUGAUGAAUAUAAAGAAAAUGUCAAAAAAAUAGAGAAUGAAUCUCAUCACAUCUACAAAAAAAACUACAAGAAUAGUAUAGAUAUUGGAACAACUAUUUGGUUCGUUUCAUAAAAACGAAAUCAACAAAAGUCAGAAAGAGAUAAAGAUAGACAUAGAAAGAGAUAAAAGAGAUACUAGAAACAUUGGUUUUCUAACAUUAUUAUAAUACAUUUAUAUGCAUUUAAAUUAAUUAUUAAUUCUGCUGUAGUACUACAAUAUAAAUAGUUUCGUUUACUUAUUAUCGAUUUGUAGAUAAAUUAUUUAUAAUCUCACACAAUUUCAUUCGAAAAAAAAAAAACUAAAAAACAUAUGGAUGGACGAAAUAUUAAUAAAUGGUAACCAAAUUACGCGUAAAAUCGACUUGUUCGAAUUACUGUUCCGUUCAUUCGAUCACAAGUCCUACUUUAAAUAAGAAAGACGAAAUUGCAAUACGCAGCAUUUCGACAUUUUGCAGCAUUUUUAUGCUAAAAUAUUGUAAUGAAUUAAAACUUUCCCCCCAUGCAAAUGUGUGCCUUGCUCUCAUAUAUGUGACACGAGGGCAGACACAAAUACGUACUCACAUCCCACAUACACUGCAAAAAGAAAACCAAUAAAAAAAAGUAAAAACACCAUGUGCAUAAGCGAAUCUAGUGUUAUGUUUAUUUGCCAGCCGAUCAAAACAUAAUAAUUAAAUUUGCAAUAAAUGUAUAUCUGCACAAAAAUCUCUCACCCUUCGAAAAUACUGAAAAUUAUUGAAAAAAAAAAAAUGAAAAAAAAAAAAAACAAACAAAAUACAAAAGCAACACAAAAACUGCAACUUUUUUAAACCUAAUCCUUGUUGAUCUUUCCAGUUGAAUUUUUUAUUCAUUAAACAAAUUUGCAUAUAUUAAAAACUAUAUAUAGGAAGAUUUGUUCAUCCAUUGCAAGAUAUGUGUGUUGCAGUUCAGUUUUGGGUAGGCAUUUUUGUGAACAUUUCAGGUAUUUCCAAUGGAAGUAAAAAAAAAAAAA